CACCGCCGCCGCCACCGCCACCACCAUGCCCAACAUCGUGCUGUUCAGCGGCAGCUCGCAUCAGGACCUGUCCCAGCGCGUGGCCGAUCGCCUGGGCCUGGAGCUGGGCAAGGUGGUCACCAAGAAGUUCAGCAACCAGGAGACCAGCGUGGAGAUCGGGGAAAGCGUGAGAGGGGAAGAUGUCUACAUCAUCCAGAGCGGCUGUGGGGAGAUCAACGACAACCUCAUGGAGCUGCUCAUCAUGAUCAAUGCCUGCAAGAUCGCGUCCUCCUCCAGGGUGACCGCCGUGAUCCCCUGUUUCCCAUACGCCAGGCAGGAUAAAAAGGAUAAGAGCCGUGCUCCAAUUUCUGCAAAGCUCGUGGCCAAUAUGCUGUCCGUGGCUGGGGCAGAUCAUAUCAUCACCAUGGACCUGCAUGCCUCCCAGAUUCAGGGCUUCUUCGACAUCCCCGUGGACAAUCUGUACGCUGAGCCCGCGGUCUUACAGUGGAUUCGGGAAAACAUCUCUGAGUGGAGGAACUGUAUCAUCGUUUCCCCUGAUGCCGGGGGAGCCAAAAGGGUGACAUCAAUUGCAGACAGGCUGAACGUGGAGUUUGCCUUGAUCCACAAGGAGAGGAAGAAGGCCAAUGAGGUGGACCGGAUGGUUCUGGUGGGCGAUGUCAAGGACCGCGUGGCCAUCCUCGUGGAUGACAUGGCUGACACGUGUGGUACCAUCUGUCACGCUGCUGACAAGCUGCUCUCGGCCGGAGCCACCAAAGUCUAUGCGAUCCUUACCCACGGGAUCUUCUCGGGGCCGGCGAUCUCCAGAAUCAACAAUGCCGCCUUUGAGGCCGUGGUGGUUACCAACACAAUUCCACAGGAGGACAAGAUGAAACAUUGCACCAAGAUUCAGGUCAUUGACAUUUCGAUGAUCUUGGCUGAAGCCAUCCGGAGGACCCACAAUGGAGAAUCGGUAUCUUACCUGUUCAGCCACGUCCCACUGUAGGCCCAGGACGGGAGGCGGAACCAGCCAACCCCUGGGCUGCUCUGAUUCUGUAGCUUUAGGACUCGCCACUGUAGGAUAACUGCGAUCAUUUAGCGAUCCAUUGUUUCCCCUUUCUGAAGCCCAAGACCAUUGUUUUCCAGCUUGGGGGUGGGCAGCGGUGGUUUGGUGGUUUAAUCUUUCAGGAACUGUCUUAAAUGAGAAAAGUUUCUGUCAUCUUGAGUUGUUCUAUUCGGUGAACUUUUUUUUUUUUUCGUUCUGUCAGUACUUCGAGGCCACACCUCCCAAGUAUAUGAUUCAUAGAUUCUAUAAAUUGGGGUUGCCAAAGGUGACUUCAGAUGAGAGCUUUCUGUGUAAAUAUAAUAAUAAUGCCUAUGGACAUUUGGGUGAGACCCUAUAUACAGUCAGCCCUGCACUUCUCAGUGAAGCUUAGGAAAUUAAUAUUGUGAAGCGUGGAGUGUUAUUUUAAUAACUGGCUUUCCAGUAAACCAUUUUGGUUAUUGUACUUCAUUCAUACCAAAUUUCAUGUCGCUUCAGAUGGCCACUGACACCUUGAUAUUUUGGUAUUAUAUUUUAUGACCACUUCCGAAAACACGUUUUAACUGAGCUUGAAAUGUCAUGUUUAAAAGUUCCCAAUUGGGGCUGGAGCGAUAGCACAGCGGGUAGGACGUUUGCCUUGCACGCAGCCAGCCCAGGUUCGAUUCCCAGGAUCCCAUAUGGUCCCCUGAGCACCGCCAGGAGUAAUUCCUGAGUGCAGAACCAGGAGUAACCCCUGAGCAUUGCCAGGUGUGACCCAAAAAGCAAAAAAAAAAAGUUCCCAAAUUAUUCAGCAAAAGAUCUUCAUGAAAUCAUUUUGUGAAGGCACGUCCACACACGCGGCCACAUUGCCGGUCUCCUACCCAUUUCAGGAGACAAGUAUUCUGGCUUGUCAUCUUCACCAGGGUUCCAGCUUUUACUCCACAUUUUCCCAAGUAACGUCAUUUCCUUAGGUUUGUUCCAAAGUCAAUAUUCCCCAGAUCCCCUCAGGUUUGCUAGUCUGAUCUUUAUUUGGCUUUUGACAUAAAGAAAAAGGUGAGUUUUGGUAAGGACCACGGAUCUGUAUUUUGUUAGUUUUGGGUUAAUGUUCUUUGUAAUCAAGGGCAACUCAUCUAGACUUAAUCAGAGAGAGUAACUCAUCUAGACUUGGGUUGCUCAAGCUCUUCCUGACUGUGGCCCCCUUCAGACCUCGUGUACUUCCUGUGUUCCCCCACAAGUGAUCCUUUAUUCUCAUGCUGUGACCCCUGCCAUUUAUGUGGCUUUUACCUGUACCCACCCCCCUUGGACUAUUCAUGGGAUGCAUAGGACACUGUGUGACCCCUAGUUGGGAAACUUUGACCUAAGACAAGUUCUAAUUUUAACUAAGGCUGUUACAUGAAAACUGGGUUAAAAGAUGUAUAGAAGGGCUGGAACGAUAGUACAGUGGGUAAGGCGCUUUUCCUUGCACACGGCCUACUUGGGUUUGAUCUCUGGCACCCUGUAUGGUCCCUUGGGCCCGCCACCAGUGAUUCCUGAGUGCAGAGCCAAGAGUAAGCCCUGAGCACUGCUGAGGUUUUGGCCCAAACCCAAAACAAACAAACAGCAAAAGAUCUAUGGAAAAUAAGUAUAAAUAACCAAGCUUGAGAUACUCUGUAAGGCCACAUAAGUGUCCGCUAGAUGGCCCUGUCCAACAUCCUCUGAAUCUGGCCAAAGGCAUCAUCAAGUCUAUGGAUUUUAUUCUAUGAAUAUUUGGUGGACAAGUAAAUUCUUCGGUUCCCAGCAAAUCUGGUGGCAUACACAAAGCCCAGGAGUAAGAAACCACCAUCUCUCUUCUGCUGAAUCUUCAACUGUAACUUUGCUGAUCAGGUGCAAAAUCAAAUCCAUUUAAGGCAUUACCAGACUUGGAAUAACAACCUUUAAGGUUGCAAGCUUCACUGGGGACAGGUUGGAGUGAAGUAAAAAAGUGUCAAUUGUUGCAGAAACUAGCAGUUUGCUGUACCUUGAAAAGGCUCUUGAGGGAAAAAAUGAUGCUGUAAGUCUGAUAAAGUCAGCCUUGCAAUACAAAUAGACUCUAUCAAGGAAGAGUUGACUUGUAAUCUAGAAAGACUCUGUUUAGAUGCUCUGUGAUUUUAUUUUUGAAACGUGAUAUCUGUAUUUCUUGGAAUUUUGAUGCUUAAAGAAAUGCAAGUAUAGUUAAGAAUAUGCAUAUGUAGACUGCUUGGCAUGCAAAUGUGGACAUGUGAACAUGACUAAACCAGUUGAUUUGUACUCAAUUAAGAUUUAACAGUCUAGGCAUAGACAUAGUUGUAAAUUAAUCUUGAAGUAAAGAUUAUGAUAUUAAUAUACCAAAGUUCAGCCUCUAACUUAAAUUUUAUCAGUUAACUAAGAGAUAAGCAUGUUAGAUGUGAACGUCAGCUAGAUUCACGAACAGCUCAUUUACGUUGCUUGUCUUGGUUUUGAAAACAUGAUUUUAAUAUCUUCCAACACUGUACUAAGACGUUUUAAUAAAAUCAUACUACUUUCAA